AUGAGUGCUGAAAGAAUAGUACUAACAAGAAGACAAAUCUUCACUGAAAAUCAAAAUUAUAAUGAAAGCUAUGUAUUAGCAUUCACAGUUGCAUCAUCUGUUAUCUGGAUUAUGGUACCAGGUUUAGCAUUCUUAUAUUCUGGUUUAUCCAGAAGAAAAUCAGCUCUAUCUAUGAUUUGGAUCUGUAUAAUGUCAUCAUUUAUUGGCGUUUUUCAAUGGUAUUUUUGGGGAUACUCUUUAGCAUUUUCUGAUAAUGCUACCAAUGGAUUCAUUGGUAAUUUGCAUUUCUUUGGUUUUAAAGAUUUAUUGGGAGCCUCAGAGGGUUCAGAUUACCCACAAAUAGCAUUUGCUAUUUUUCAGAUGCAAUUCUUAUUGGUCACUUUGGCUAUUUUAGCAGGAGCUUGUGUGGCUGAACGUGGUCGUUUUUUACCUGCUUGUAUCUUUUUAUUUGCAUGGGCCACCAUUGUUUACUGUCCAGUAGUUUACUGGGUUUGGGGUGGUGGAUGGGCCAUGACUUUUAAAUCAGGAGUCUUAGAUUAUGCUGGUGGUGGUCCUGUCGAAAUCUUAAGUGGUGUACUGGCUUUUGUCUACAGUGCCUUCUUAGGUCGCAGAAAUGAAACUCUCAUGAUUAACUACAGACCUCAUAAUAUUUCUACUAUUUUCUUAGGUACUUCAUUACUUUACCUUGGUUGGUUAUUCUUUAAUGGAUUUUCAUGUGCAAAUGCUUCCAUUAAAGUUCCAUACUCCAUGAUGAACACUCAUUUGAGUGGUGCAUUUGGUGCUCUUUCUUGGUGUUUAUUAGAUUUCAGAUUGGAAAAUAAAUGGUCAAUGGUUGCAGUUUGUUCUGGAUGUAUUUCUGGUUUAGUUGCUGCUACACCUUCUUCAGGUAUGAUUCCAUUAUGGGCUUCAGUGAUAUUAGGUAUUGUGUCGGGAUUAGUUUGUAACUUGUCAACUAAGAUUAAAUACAUUUGUCGUGUUGAUGAUUCCCUUGAUGUAUUAGCUGAGCACGGAAUCGCUGGUAUCAUUGGAUUAUUAUUUAACGCUUUCUUUGGUAGCUCUACAGUAAUUGGAUAUGAUGGAGUAACUGAACAUGAAGGUGGUUGGCUAGACCAUAAUUGGAAACAAUUAUACGUACAAGUUGCUUAUAUUCUUGCAACUAUAGUAUAUAGUGCGGUUGUUACUGGUAUACUUUGUUUUGUUAUAGAUAAGAUUCCAGGAUUACAUUUAAGAAUUGACUACAAUGGUGAAGAGGCCGGUGUUGAUGAAGAUCAAAUAGGUGAAUUUGCAUACGAUUAUGUUGAAGUCAGAAGAGACUUUUUAGACUGGGGAUUCCCCACUAGUAAUCAUUCCAGGGCUGAAAGCUAUGCUGGAAAUUCAAGUAAUUCCAAUACUGCUCGUGUACCUGCAGUUGCAGCAAUAAAGGAAGUAGCAGAUCAAGAUGAUACUUAUGAGCAUUCUAGUUUAGGUGAUUCUCAGGAAAAGAAACAGUCUGGAAAAACUAGUGAAAAUAACGACUAUGAACAAGAAGCUACCGAUCAAAUAACCACUUCUUCCAAGAAAAUUGAUUAG